AUGUCGGACACGCAAACUCUUCCCGAAGUCCACGUGAUCGGGGAACUGGAGCAUGGAACGCAAUUUGACACGCAUCAAGGCGAAGGCAUCUUCGUGGAGUACAACGUGUCUGUGGGGGAUCAAUGGUAUUUUGAGAAACUUGCUCCUCCAUGCGUUUUCGCAUACCAAUGCUGACGGCACCCGAGGAACGCAUCUGUAUCCAAUACGUGGUAUCGGCUCACUGAAACUUAAACCUCUUAUGCAUUCCAUAAACAGGUGGGACAUAACAAAGUCCGCUCAGCAGACGCAAACCGCGUAUCCAGACGAAGAAAACGAAGUUGUCUUCAACCAUCCAGUGGAUCUCCAUUUCGCAACCGCUAGCAUAGCAGAGUGGCCGAGACUAAACUUCCAAGUCUACAAGUAUUCUUGUCUUCCAUGUGGCAUUAGGUCAUUUUUGAAAAUUUUUGUCGUUUGUCCUCGUGCGAACUUUAUCGAGUCUUUUACCAACUUUUUUCAUUCGGAAGCAGCAUUGCAUCAACACGAACUACCAGGCUGGAUGUUUUUGGCAGGAUGGACCCACUAUCCGUCGGGUCGUUGAAUCUCCCCUGCAACCCGGGCACGUACCAGCUAGCAUGUCGGACUUGGUCGCCUCUUUCGCAACGGUCACAAGAGGACGUUUACGGCUACUACGUCGGGGGUAGGCCACAGCUGGUGGAACCGAUAGAGGUGCUCGAUCGAAGAAGUACUUCGACAAACCCAGAAAGGAGCUCGCUGAUAACAGAAACCUCUGGAACACUCUUUCUGAAUGUCGACAUCCUCUUCAGAAAUGUGCCACUUUAGUGCUUAAUACUCGAAGUUGUCCACCACAUAAAUGAACUGGCAGAUUCAGCCACAGUGGCGUAUUGAAUCUGGCCGCUGAAAAUCGAAGAUAAGACGCUGAACUCAAUCGACAUCUGGAUGGCGUAUUGAUUUUCAUAGCCGGGAUGAAACUUUUUC